CAGAUGCUGCGGCGGCGGCGGCGGCUGUCUCUCCUUCGGCCACAUCCCGCGGCCGGUGCGCCCGUCAGGCGCGCUGCGCUACGGCGGCGGCUGCCGCCGAGCAGCCUGCCCCAAGCCGCUGCCGCCGCCGCCGCAGCGGCCCCGCACCUCGCCCGAAGCGGCGGGGCGGUGGAUGCGGAGCCCGCCUCGCCCCGGCGGUCGGCGGGCAGUUGUCCUGCGGAGGAGCCCCCCCUCGGAGCCGGAGCAGCGGGCUCGCACGGACGUGGGGAGACGCGGGCACACACGCCCGCCCCGCGGCGGGGGGGGGGGGCGGCAAGCCGAAGAUGCUGCAGCUGGGCAAGGUCAGGACCUUGCGGUGAAGCCCGGGGCCGUCGCUCGCCCCCCCCCCCCCCCUUCAACCCUUGCCUAGCGGACUGAGGAUUUGCUGUUGGGUUUUGGUAUAUGUUUGGGAGAAAGGAGGCUGAAUCGGCGCCGAUCGAAACUAUGCCUGUUCCAGACCAGCCCUCGUCUUCUGACAAGACAAGUUCUCUUAGUCCAGUGUUGAACACAUCCAAUGGUGAUGGCUCUGAAACUGAGACAACUUCUGCCAUUCUAGCUUCAGUUAAAGAACAGGAACUGCAGUUCGAGAGACUGACUCGGGAACUUGAGGCUGAACGUCAGAUUGUAGCUAGCCAGCUGGAGAGAUGUAAGCUUGGAUCAGAAACUGGAAGCAUGAGCAGCAUUAGUUCAACAGAAGAGCAGUUUCACUGGCAAACACAAGAUGGUCAGAAGGAUAUAGAAGAUGAACUCACCACUGGUCUGGAGCUGGUGGACUCCUGUAUUAGAUCACUGCAGGAAUCAGGGAUACUCGACCCACAAGACUAUUCAGCCAGUGAAAGGCCCAGCCUCCUCUCCCAGAGCACGCUCCAGCUCAAUUCCAAACCCGAAGGAUCCUUCCAGUACUCGGCCAGCUACCACAGCAACCAGACCCUCGCCCUGGGCGAAACAGCAGCCGCCCAGCUCCCGGCCCGCAGCGGUCAGGCCAGAGGUGCCAUCCAGAGCUACAGCCAGCAGGGCCCGGGGGGCCGCGGCGCCCACCCGGGCGGUCCGGAGCCUCCGCCGCCGCCGUUGCCGCCCGCUGCCGCCGUCGCCGCCUCCGCCCCGCAAGCGCGGGAACCCUUCGCGCCCAGCCACGGCAGCGCCUUCCACCUGCCCGAACCCCAGCACGCCGCCGCGCUCUACUACGCCAGCUCCACGCUGCCGGCGCAGCGGGUGAGCUCCCCGCUGCCCGCCCAGCCCGGCGGUUCCCCCACCACCAAGCUGCCGCGGGCCGGCUCCGCCGCCGAGGGAGCCGCCUACGCCGGCGCGCAGCGCCUCUCCUCCUCCCCGAAGCAGUCCCCCAGCCGCCUGGCCAAGUCCUACAGCACCAGCUCGCCCAUCAACAUCGUCGUCUCCUCGGCGGGGCUGUCGCCGUCCCCCAUCCGAGUGACCUCCCCGCCCGCCGCCCAGUCUAACCUUUCCUCCUCUCCUAUCCACCAGUUAAGCUCCACCAUCGGCACUUACGCCACCCUGUCGCCUACCAAGCGGCUGGUUCACGCUGCCGAGCAGUACAGCAAGCACUCCCAGGAGCUGUACGCCACCGCCACCCUGCAGAGACCCGGCUCCCUCGCAGCUGGGUCUCGGGCAUCUUACAGCAGCCAGCACAGCCACCUUGGCUCCGAGUUAAGGGCACUGCAGUCUCCAGAACACCAUAUAGAUCCUAUUUACGAAGACAGAGUUUAUCAGAAGCCCCCUAUGAGGAGUCUCAGCCAGAGCCAGGGGGACCCUCUGCAACCAGCACACACAGGCACAUAUCGCACUAGUACAGACCUGGUUAACCAUUUCUGUGAACAGGUCCUCAAUUUUUUACUUUGUCCCUACUUUCCUGUCGUAGCCCCAUCUUCCCCUGGUGUCGACUCCGUACCCUUACAGCGCACAGGCAGUCAACACGGCACACAGAACGCAACAGCGACCUUCCAGAGGGCCAGCUAUGCGGCCGGCCCAGCCUCCAAUUACGCAGACCCCUACCGACAGCUGCAGUAUUGUCCUUCUGUUGAAUCACCAUACAGCAAAUCUGGGCCAGCCAUCCCACCUGAAGGGACCUUGGCUAGGUCACCUUCCAUUGAUAGCAUUCAGAAAGAUCCCAGAGAGUUCGGAUGGCGAGAUCCAGAGCUUCCAGAAGUUAUACAGAUGUUACAGCAUCAGUUUCCCUCAGUACAGUCCAAUGCUGCAGCCUACUUACAACACCUCUGUUUUGGAGACAAUAAAAUAAAAGCAGAGAUAAGAAGACAAGGCGGAAUACAAUUACUGGUGGACCUAUUGGACCAUCGGAUGACAGAAGUCCACCGUAGUGCCUGUGGAGCUUUGAGAAACUUGGUUUAUGGGAAGGCAAAUGAUGACAACAAAAUUGCUCUGAAAAACUGUGGUGGUAUCCCAGCAUUAGUACGGUUACUCCGCAAGACUACAGAUUUGGAAAUCAGAGAACUGGUCACAGGAGUUCUCUGGAAUCUAUCCUCCUGUGAUGCACUGAAAAUGCCAAUCAUCCAGGAUGCCCUCGCAGUGUUGACCAAUGCAGUGAUCAUCCCUCACUCUGGAUGGGAAAACUCUCCGCUCCAGGAUGAUCAUAAAAUACAACUGCAUUCAUCGCAGGUGCUGCGCAAUGCCACUGGGUGCCUAAGGAAUGUCAGCUCUGCUGGAGAGGAGGCCCGCAGAAGGAUGAGGGAGUGUGACGGCCUGACGGAUGCAUUGCUGUACGUGAUCCAGUCUGCUCUGGGGAGCAGUGAAAUUGAUAGUAAGACCGUUGAAAACUGUGUGUGCAUUUUGAGGAACCUCUCAUACAGGCUAGCUGCAGAAACAUCUCAGGGACAGCAGAUGGGAACAGAUGAACUUGAUGGAUUACUCUGUGGUGAUGCCAAUGGAAAAGACGCAGAGAGUUCAGGGUGCUGGGGGAAGAAGAAGAAGAAAAAGAAAUCACAGGAUCAGUGGGAUGGCGUAGGACCUCUCCCAGACUGUGCAGAACCACCCAAAGGAAUCCAGAUGCUGUGGCACCCUUCAAUAGUCAAACCCUACCUCACACUUCUUUCUGAGUGCUCAAAUCCAGACACGCUGGAGGGGGCAGCAGGGGCACUGCAGAACUUGGCUGCUGGGAGUUGGAAGUGGUCAGUGUACAUCCGUGCCGCUGUCCGCAAAGAAAAAGGAUUGCCAAUCCUGGUGGAGCUGCUUCGAAUAGACAAUGACCGGGUGGUAUGUGCAGUUGCUACAGCUUUACGAAACAUGGCCUUAGAUGUCAGAAAUAAGGAGUUAAUAGGCAAGUAUGCCAUGAGGGAUCUGGUCCACCGACUGCCAGGCGCUAACAACAGCAACAGCUCAGCAAGCAAGGCCAUGUCUGAUGACACCGUUACUGCCAUUUGCUGCACUCUGCAUGAAGUCAUCACUAAAAACAUGGAGAAUGCCAAGGCCUUACGAGACGCAGGCGGCAUUGAGAAACUGGUUGGCAUAUCUAAGAGUAAAGGAGACAAGCAUUCGCCAAAAGUGGUGAAAGCAGCAUCUCAGGUCCUCAAUAGUAUGUGGCAGUACAGAGACCUGAGAAGUCUCUACAAGAAGUGGGCGGCCCCAAGCUUCAGUGUGACUGAUGACAGAGGAUUUUCACCAACCCACCACUCUGGGUCAUGGCACGCUCAGCAUACGCUCUCCCAGAGCCAAGAAACCAGAAUCUAUUCCCCAACCCAGGACGGAUGGUCGCAGUAUCACUUUGUAGCCUCAUCUUCAACAAUAGAAAGGGAUCGGCAAAGACCGUACUCUUCAUCACGCACGCCCUCCAUCUCUCCCGUGCGCAUGUCUCCUAACAACCGCUCAGCAAGUGCCCCAGCCUCACCUCGGGAAAUGAUCAGCCUAAAAGAAAGAAAAACAGACUAUGAAUCAACUGGAACAAACGCCACUUACCAUGGAAAUAAGGGAGAACACACUUCUAGGAAAGACACCAUGACAGCUCAGAACACUGGAAUCUCAACUUUGUACAGGAAUUCGUAUGGUGCACCUGCUGAAGAUAUCAAACAUAACCAGGUUUCAACACAGCCAGUUCCACAGGAGCCCAGCAGAAAAGAUUAUGAACCAUAUCAGCCGUUUCAGAAUUCAACGAGAAACUACGAUGAGUCCUUCUUUGAGGACCAAGUGCAUCAUCGUCCACCUGCAAGCGAAUACAACAUGCACCUGGGACUAAAGUCAACUGGCAACUACGUCGACUUCUAUUCAGCUGCUCGUCCCUAUAGUGAACUUAACUAUGAAACAAGCCACUAUCCAGCCUCUCCCGACUCCUGGGUUUGAGACUUGGGCAGAUACAAAAGCUCCAGGAACUGUGCAUGUGCAUGCAUACCACAAGACAUUUUUUUUCCUGCAAAUUUAGUUUGUUAAAGCCUGUUCCAUAGGAAGGCCCAGAUAGCCAGUAUGGAAAAAAUUAAGAGAUUUUUUUAGAGGGCUAAAAGAUAUGAAAGCUAAACCUGGGAGUAAUUAGAAAGAAAUAUAUAUAUAUAUAUUUUACAGUGUGGGGCAACUUUACCGUUAGCCUGUAGAGUCUAAAGUUCGGUGCUGUAUGUUGAAUGUGGCUGAAGGAAGGAGGGAGAACAUGACAGUGGAUGUGGGUCAAGAGUUAAGCACAAGUAACUGAGCAGCGUACAUACUUUAUGGGGAACAGCUUCUCACACUUUGUUUAAUAUCCUCAUUCAUUGUGAAUCUAGGCUUCAAGUUGCAUUUGGGGUUUCCUCUGUACAGCAAGAUGUUUCUUGCCUUUUGUUAAUGCAUUGUUGUAAAGUAUUUGAUGUACAUUACAGAUAAAAAAAAAAAACAAGUGCAUUGUGUAUAUUACACCAAUGCCACAGUGUUUCUUCAUCUAUGGUUCUAAAUAUUGCUUCAAUUUCAAAUUUUGAAAGAUGUAUGAAUUUCCAGUUUUUUGUUUUCUUUUCCCCGGUGCGUUUUAACAAAAAAAAAAAAAUCAAAAAAAAUCAAAAAAACCCAAAAAGGAAUAUUUAGCAGUAUUGUUUGUUCUGAUAUGUGAAUUUGUUUGUGGCAACUAAAAAAAAAAAAGGCAUUCAGCAGUUUCUGACAAUUAACAUUCAUCAUUCCACACUCCUUGUCAACGAAGUGCUUUUUCACUGCCUAAAAUUUUAGAUGUAGAUAUUUGAAAUAGAUUUUUUUCAUUUAUACCAGUUUUCUUUAUGAUGAUACAGUGUUAAAAGAAAAUAAAUUACAAUUGAUCUGUCAUCCAUAUUUGCUAAGAAUGUCUAUUUCCAAGAACCUACCAUACAAAUACACAUUCUUACUUGUGUGUGUCCACGUAUGCAUAGUAUUCUGUGUGCGUGUGUGUGUUUGAGUGUGUGUGUUUGUGUGGCGUAAGACUUCUUUUCAUCCAAUGUUUUCCUUGUUCCAGCUUCAAUUUUUGUUUGAUUUUCAGUUUUUUUAAACAGUGGAAACUCCAGUAUGUGCUUUCUCUUACUCACUUUCUUAACCAUUGAUAGCAAUUCGAACUUGUUAGGCCACAUACUCACAAAGGAAGGGGUUAUCGGAUAUUUUUCACUGACUCCUUCACCCUUAGAUGCCAUUUUCUUUAAAAUAGCAUCUCUUGAUCUUCUCUCGAGGAAAUUUCAUUACUCUUCAGCCACCAACCAGCAAGUGCUCGAGGAAGGCAGAGUUUGAUCUUGCCAUCUCCCUGAGGGAAUGGAAAACAAAGACCCAACAGACUUAAGUCUGGAGUCUCCAAACUAUUCAGGCUACAGAAGGGUCCAACUCCUGAACCAUUAGGACAAUCAUUUAUUUUAACCCAUACCAAAAAGAAAACCCAACACCCCGAAUGCAUUCCUCAAAUGUGAAAGAUACUGACCAUUUCUGUGCAUUUAAAGUAAAACCCUAAAAAAUAAAAAAUGUAAGGGACAGAGAAUUUUUUUUAAUUAAAAUAAAAAAGAAAAAGGAAGGUAGGCUAGGAGGCCAGAAGAGCUGGCAUAUUCAUCUUAGCUCUUGGGAUUCUGGCAGUAAAAAAAAAAAGCAUUUAGCAUUUCUUUGAUUCAGGCAACAGUUCAGCGUACAGUUUUCACAGCCUAAGACCCACCACAAACGGAGUAGUUGUAAAUUGCUUAAAUGACAGUUAAGGAAUUUGUUUUAGGUUGCAAACAUUUCUGUGAUUAGUCAUUGUAAUAGUCUUAACAUCACCUGGCACACUUCUGGCUGUGCGCAGGGGGAGAAGUCUCUCGCAAGUCAUCGCCUGCUCUAUAGGAUGCAGCCCCAGUAGUUCAUGCAGGCGGGUAUUGUGACGUAGAAUUGGUUUAUUGGUAAUCUAGGACUAUAGUUUAAUCUUUUUGGCAGCUUUUCCCAGUGUACGAUAUGUAACCUUAUCUGCUCUUUGUAGUAAACGGGGAAAAAAAUCGCAUGCAAAAAAAUUUUUAAAAAAUGUAAGGAAGGGGGGGGGGAGGGGCACAGUGGGCCAGAUGUAUAGUGAGGUAGAUACAAAUAUUAUUCAUAGUUUUGGACACAAGUUGUUUAUAUUUUAUUUAUUACAUUGAUUUUAAUAAGAUAAGUGACAUUUGCAGUGCUCUUUUGAACAAAGCACCUUUUCAGUAUAAAAACUUUUUUUUAAUAAAGAAUGUCACUCGCAACUUGAAGUUCUUCUUGACUGCCUGAUAACCACCAGGCUGGUGCAGUUCUCCAGGCGCGGGAUUGCCAACAGGCCAAGGGGAUCCGUCAUUCUGUUUGAAGUUCUUAGGACAGGAGGUUAUUGUAAGUUGGAUUUAUUUCCGUUCUUCAAACUAAUGAAGUGCCCACGUUGCCCCCUUUCAGCUCUUAGGAAUUACUUGGAGUCAAAUGUUGACCAUUGCUCAAGUGAGAGAUUCUGGAUCGAUGAAGUGGCAUAAAAUACCUUUUGUCUAUACUUUUGUGUUGUUUUGUUUCCAUUCUUCUGUAGUGGCAAGUGCUCCGACUGGUAACGUUCACUCUUGCUGUACUGAGUUUUGAGAAGGUGUUGAAUUACCCGGCUUCCUUUCCAGGCUUGGAAAUCCAACACUGCUGCCAUACCGAGCAAGAUAUAUAUGAUGCAUUCUUUUUAAUAUUGAGGAAAUUAUCAUUACCUAUUGCUGUUCCCUUCAUUCUUGUACUAGAUCACACACAGAAAUAGAGAAGAAACAAAAAACUGUUCCAAAAAAAAAUGUAUAAAAUGCAAUUGAUGUACUGUAAAAUGUCGGAUUUUUUUUUUUUAACAAGCUUCGUAUUAGAAUCUUGUUCAGCUGUGUAGAGCUAUAUAAAUCUCACUGUUUUAUUAAAUGCUGUUUAUGGUCUGGAAGGAAUGGUUAACCUAUCUCAAGAUUAACAAAUUUGCACUAACAUGAGCAAUAUUGAUUUGAAAAAAGAAUGAAUUCACUAUUUAAAAGAUAAACUAUGAUUUUAAAGGUAUAUUAACACUGAAAGUACAUUUUGACAAAUAACAUAUUUAAGCCCAAAAUAUAAAUGGUUAUGUCAGAUAACACAAAAGAACUAUAACAAUAUAGAUUGAGAUAAAAAAAAAAUGUGUUUCACUGUACAUGUUGCUAACAUGUACAAAGACAAACUCAUAUUGACAUAUUUUCUAUUAAUAAAUCCUACUGUAUUGUGGAGAA